CAAUGGCCGCCCAAUCUUCACUACUGUCGGGUGUGGUAUUUCGUGCGACUAUAGGCCUGCCAGUGUGUCGGCAGUGCUACGGUGCCCUUGGCUCGCUCGGGAGGCCUUCCCCGCGGGGCCUAGGCAGAGCUCCUCGGCGGAGGAAAGCAUCUGGGUUAGCCGUACAAGAAGCCUCGGGGACCAAACACCCGGCGGCUAGCUGGUUGCGUGUGGCCUCGUGGAGAAGAUGCAUGCAGACGUCAACUACACACCCACAUGACGAUGAUUCACGGAAAGAAGCUGUUGAGUUGAUCAACAAACUGACCACUGGCUACUGGGAAAACACCUUCAUCACUGCCGACAGAGCCUGCGAAGAGUACCUACUAGGCCCAGAGGAUUUGGGUGAGCUGACGACCAGAGUUGUACGAAGUGCCCACGAGACGACGUCCUCUUCCAAUGUCGUACUCUAUCUCAAGACUGAUGUGGAGAGAAGGGCUAUCGAGGUGUGGGGUAGCUGGCCAGCUCUUGAGGCCGAGCUAAGGAGAAGACAAACAGCAGAGAAGAGGAGGAGAAACGAAGGCAAGCAUGUGCUGGUCAUGUGACUCAAACUUCCCCAGGCCUUAGUGCUCUCAUUGCCCACCUCAAGAAACUACACAAAGACCAGUCUCGAAUGCAGAGGGAGGCCCAGGUGUACGGAGGAAAGGAAGAAAGGGUUAGUUUUCUCACAGGCUCAGCCAAAGUAGUACUGUUAGCCAUUGUCAGCAAUUUUGCAGUGCUGGUGUUCAAGACGGUUGCCUAUCUCCACACUGGUUCAGCAGCCAUGCUCUCUGAGGCCAUCCACUCACUAGCAGACAUGCUCAACCAGUGUCUGUUGGCGGUUGGUAUAGCUCAGUCUAUUAGGAGACCUGACCCUGAUCAUCCUUACGGCUGGUCUCGGGCUCGUUAUGUCUACUCCCUAAUCAGUGGAGUCGGGAUAUUCUUCCUGGGGUCAGGGGUCACCUGUUACCAUGGCGUCUCGGGAAUAAUGCACCCUCCAGUUCUGGAGUCACUCCCAGUAGCUUUCUCAGUAUUAGCUGCUUCACUGGCUGUUGAAGGAGCCACGCUGUGGGUAGCUGUGAAACAGGUGAGGAAAAGUGCGCAGGAGGCCGAGAUGACUUUCAAGAGCUACGUUCUAAGAGGUCGCGAUCCAGCAGCAGUGACAGUGUUACUAGAAGACAGUGCGGCCAUCACUGGUGUGCUGCUGGCUGCGUCAAUGCUGGGUCUGGCCCAAUACACUGGCAACACUCUCUAUGAUGCAAUGGGCUCCAUUGGCAUUGGAGGUUUGCUAGGAUUUGUGGCGCUGUUUUUGAUACAGAGGAACAGCAGCGCACUCGUCGGACAGUCAAUUCCACGAGAGGAUCUCAGAGAAAUUAUAAAUCUCCUGGAGAGUGAUGUCAUGAUUAGGUCUAUUCACGAUGUCAAGGCAACAGACAUGGGUGCUGACACAGUGAGGUUCAAAGCAGAGGUCAAUUUCGACGGGAGGGAAGUGGCCAGGGCACACGUCAGUAGACUAGACCUCGAGACAGUACUAAAGGAGAUGCAGUCAUUUUCAACGUCGGCUGAUGUAGAGCGAUUUCUACUGCUACAUGGCGAACACAUUGUUGACGUAUUGGGCAGCGAGGUUGACAGAAUCGAGUCAAAAAUCAAAAAACAUGCUCCAGAAGUAAGACAUUUAGACUUGGAGAUCCUUUGACGUUUUCUUAGUGAUGAACAACCGCAUGCGCUUAUUUUCUUAAUUUCACGCGCGUGCGCAAAAAGUGGGGGCGGGGCAGUUUACAUCUUUUCUCACACUGCACCACACGAGCUUGAUUCUGCUGCUAAUUAGCGUUUUUGGCGCUCUUUCGACGAACCGAAAGACAAGAAAUUAGAGUAUCUAAAGACCAUGUCUAUGGACGAAGGGGAGUCCGUAGAGUCGUUGAUAAGCCGGAGGAGAGCUGCACAGACGGUGGAAAUAAGAGGAUGCAAGUCUCAGGGGCUCGGGAUAAGGAUCGUGGGCGGGCGCAACAUGACACUCGCCGACGGCAGAUUGUCCGAUUUCGGGAUUUUCGUCAAGGAAGUCAUCCCGAACGGUUUGGCAGAUAAAGACGGUCGGCUGAAGAAAGGGGACCAACUUUUGGAGGCCAACGGGAAUGGUCUUGUUGCAGUAUCCAACAGCAUGGCUGUGGGCAUUCUGAAGGAGGGUGUAGCAACUGACUGCAUCACUCUCCUGGUUGCCAGGGAUACUCAGUCACAGUCCGAGUUCAAACGACUCUCCCAGGAUUUUGACCGGAGCCCACCACAGCUCAAGGGAGGUAGUCGUGACAACCAAGUUCCACCCAUUGCCUCCUCCACACCCCUUCACCCACUUCCCGUCUCCACGGAAACCAAAUCCUCUCUGUCAGUUCUGCAGUCGACCCUGGUUACGGAUCUGGCGAACCAGCGAAACUCCUCCUCCAGUGAGCUGACAAACAUCACCACUACUGACAUCAGCAGCCACGGAGAAGAAGAAGAAGACGAUGACGAGAGAGAUCAAACUUCGUCUCAAGGGGCGGGGCCAAAGACCUGGGAGUCAUCAAGACUCGAUAAUCCCGUUGCCCUGAGCGACAUUGUGGUGACAGUUCCGUUGGUGGACACUCCCCCUCGUUCCAGUACUAAUAAGAAUUCUACAGCCAUGAAUGGGGAGACAGAGUCUGAGGAAGACGAUGCUCCUCCCCCUCCCCUCCCCUCCUCCCUACCUCCUGGGGACAUGGCAGAGGAGACUGAAUCCCCCACCUCUCCUCCUCCCCCACUCCCCACUUCUCCCAUGCCUGAUGAAGAUGAGGAACUUAUACUGCCAGAUGAGGACAAGCUGACACAGGCCGAGGCGGGCAUGACUACCAUUGGAGUUUUAACAACCAACACCUUCCUUGAUCGGAAAUCUCCAGAGGGAAAAUCAGUGUCGUCGCCCCCUCCGCUCUCCCCCACCUCACCUCCCCACCGCUCCACCCUCACCAUCCCCAAGGGUGUCAGUGGCCUCGGAGUAAACCUGGAGGGAGGUCCGGGGCAGCCGCGUGGCCCGUACAUCGUCAUCGGCAGCAUCACCCCUGGCUCCGAUGCUGCUAAAGACGGGAGGUUGCUGGUUGGGGACAGAAUACUCUCUGUGAACGGAGAGUCAUUUUCAGGCAUCAGCCGAGAGAGAGCUCUCACCAUCCUCACCCAGAUGAAGGGAAGGUCAACAGUGAAAUCUUACACUAUUGAAUAUGAAAGACCUGUUGCCAUUGGUGGCCCUAACGAUGAGGAUUCCCCCUUUGAAUCUCUCCCUCCGCGAACUCUAACCUCUGAUUCCAUAUUUGAUUCUGACACACUACCAGCGUCAGUUGCCAGGACAACCAGUCAAACUGGUGCUCAACCCGGCGAUGCUCUUGGCCCCUCUCCGUCGUCCGUCGCCUCAACCUCUGCCCCACUCGUGGGUGGGAAGGGCGUCAUGCCCAGGAGGUACAUGGGGAAGAAAGAACCAGUUGAGAAAGGGAAACACGACUCCAUCUCAAAGAGACUUUCCAUGGAUCCAGCUGCCAGAGUCUCCCUCCAGAAACUGGAGCUGGCUCUGCAGUUCAUGGGUAAGGUGCUCACAACGCCGCAGAAAGAACUGGUGCACGCGAAGCUCGAUGUCGAUUCGAGCGGAAAGGUCGUCUUCUCUGAGUUCGUCCAGCUGGCCCAGGAGAUGUUUGCCUUCAAGAUGGAGGGUGCACACCUGGAGGCCGGCCUGGUGUUGGCCCUCACUCAGAAGGACAGUAUGGAGUUACCUCCGUACCCUCGCAAGGCCGGCAGUGUCGAUGCUUUGCCACUAGACUCUCUCCAGCAGGCCCCUCCCUCUCCCUCUAAAAUUUCCUCCUCACAACCUCACAUCUCCACCACCACCCUCCCUCCCUCCCCGCCUCCUCCCCUUCUCCCCGAGGAGGGGAGGGACACGCCUCCCUUACUCCAGAAGGAGACUGAACUGAGGAGACAGAGAGAGCAACUGGUGCGACUUGGGAACCAACAGAAACGAUACGAAUCAAGAAAGGACAGUGGAGGAGACAGUUACCUCGGCACCGUGUCCGACACCUUGCUACUGAGGGAGGCGGGGCUUCCGAGGCCAGUGGGCGGAGUCUUCAGCAGUAAAAAUUACACCGGAGAAGAACUGAACGAGAAUCAGGUUUUUUAAUCAAUUCUGUUAGCUACUGGCAUUCUGGCAAAGCUUUGCACUUCACGUUAGCCUCAUGAUGAAACCUGCGUGAAUCUCUCUCUCUCAUUACACUCACACCACACAUAAAGGUACUAAGGAAGAAGGUUGCCAUGCUUGAGUCGGCUCUGCGAGAGAAAGAGCGGGAAACAGAGCUGCUGCAGCUGGUUGCCCCCGGAUCCUCCAGGGAGACGCAGCUCCUCAGACGACAGAUUGUCGAGGGCGAGGAACACAUGGCACAGAAAGAACUGCGCUGCCGACAACUGGAAGAGACAAUACGUCACAUGGAGGUGGAGUUGGCUGGACUUCGCCGGAGACCUGUGGAACAGCCCACAGUAGAGCUGCGAAGCCAGCUGGCAACCCUGGACUGUCAGCUAAGAAAAGAACAGGCGAUUACGAGACGUUUUCAAACUACGACUGAGACACUACUGCAGUUUGUGGAGAUGUGCCACGAAGCUCUUGUGAAGUCUCCUGAAGCUACCAAAAUUCUGUACCAUCGGCACGGGAAUGGAGAGACCGCCCAGCGAGGGGACGCGGUCACGGGGAACCCCCGCCCCCCUCCCUACCUCGCUAAGCACGCUAAGGUGACCUCUGUGACCCUGGCACAGGAGGCCCACGAGACUAUGCUCUCUGUACACAAGAUGCUGCAGCUCAAGAACCUUCCCUAUGGAUGGGAGGAAGCCUACACUGAGGAAGGAGAGAAGUACUACAUAAACCAUGAGACUCAGACAACAUCGUGGGUCCAUCCAGUGACCCAUGUGAGUGCCGUCCCCUCCUCCCCCUCCUCCUCCUCACCCUCCAGGCGGAGUGGGCGGUCCUCCCGAAGCUCCUCCCACCACUCCCUCACUGCUCCACCCUUCACACAAGCCACACCCACCAAGACACCAUAGCCUUCUCUAGAAAACCCACUAUGAACAAUAAGUAUAAUUAUGAAGAAUAAAUGUUCGCCAGACGUUAAUGUUUUCAACCCAACAACCCACUAUUAUAGUGAAAUUAUUUUUCGGUCUUAUCUAGCCACGUGACAAUGACAUAUUAUCUGUGCUGCCAACGCAAUGCUCUAUAAUAUGUGAUCCAGGGAAAAGGAGAGUAUAUAUGUGUGCUUCAAUAUGGCAUCACUUUAUGCAUGCAAAUUUGACAAGCACUGCGCGUGCUCUACGCCAG